AUGAAGGCUGCUGUUGUACCAAUAUCCAUUAAGGAUAAUCAUUUUACCGAAAUCAAAGAUAUCCCAAAACCAGAAAUCAAAGAUGAUGAAAUUUUAAUCAAAGCCAAAGCUUGUGCCAUCAAUCCAAUUGAUUGGAAACAUAUAGUUUACCAAAUGAGUAAACCAGGUGAUGUGGCUGGAAGUGAUGUUAGUGGAAUUGUUGAACAAGUUGGAUCUGACGUUACAAAUUUCAAAAAGGGAGAUUUUGUAAGUUCAUUUGUAAUGGGGAAUAUGUCACCAAUGAGUGGUGCAUUUGCUGAAUAUGCUGCUGCAUCCCCUCAAGCUACCAUCAAAUAUGAUCAUGAUUUGAAUAACGCACCAACAAUUAAACCUUCCACCAUCGAUUCUUUUGAAGGUGCUGCAAGCAUUACCAUGGGGUUGACAACUAUUGCUCAAUCAUUUUCACAUUCUUUGAAUAUUGCCAAACAUAAAAGUCCAGGGGAUUCUAUAUUGAUUUGGAGUGGUGCCACUGCAACUGGUACUGUAGCAAUCCAAAUUGCCAAAUUGGUUUAUAAUUUAAAGGUCAUCACCACUGCGUCACCUAGGAAUCAUGAAUAUUUGAAAGGAUUAGGAGCUGACUACACAUUGGACUAUAAGGAUCCAAAUAUUGUUGAAAAGUUGAAACUGCUUGGACACAUCAAAUUUGGGUUGGAUACAAUUGCUUCUCCACAGACUUUUCAAAAACUCUAUGAUGCCACACAGGGUACUCCGGAAGUUUAUUUGGAUUCUUUAUUAGGAUUGGAUGGCAGUUCCAUCAAAACUGACCCAGCAAGAGAGGCUACUGUUCAUUGGGGGCAUACUAUGGGUUAUCUUUGCGUUCUUAAAGAGAAAGCUUUAGGAUCAACCACAUAUGUUCAAACACCAGAGUUGUUAAAUGAUUAUAAUAAUUGGUGGGAAAAUGUUAUGCCAACGAUUAUCAAUAAAAUAAAACACGCAAACUUGAAGAUUUUGCCAAAUGGAUUAGAAUCAGCUAAUGAAGGGUUACAAAUGUCAAAAGAAAAUAAAGUCUCUGGUGAAAAGCUUGUUUUCAGAAUUUGA